AUGGUAGAGACAAGCCAAGAAAAGGCUGCUCGUGAGCAAAGACUAGCAGUUAGGGCUAAAACUAUCUCAUUGCUUAACCGUGAAGGUACUAUUAACCGAAUUAAGGCAUUAGCUGAGACGGCGGCUCGUGUCCAUGAUAAUUUAGAUCUGUUACCUAAUUUUUUAAUUGCUGCUGGUGAUCUGGAUUCUUUAUGGACAUCCUUUGUGUCACAUAAUCAAGCUGUUUUGGAUGCAUUAUUGGAUUUAGACCUUACAUCUGAGUUUUCUACACAAUUAGAAACCGAGAUCCGUUCUCUAUACAUUAGUGUUGUAACUGUAGUUGAACAACACACACCUAAAAGUGAAACUGUGUCACUGGACGGUAGUGCCAAUGGGUCCAGACAUAAUGUGCCUGGUAGCACCUCAGUAUCCCGUCUACCAGAAAUACCGUUACCCUCUUUCAGUGGUGAUUUGAUCGAAUGGCCUGUUUUUCGCGAUAGGUUUCUUGCUAGAGUGGGUCACAUUCCUAACCUGCCAAAUAUUGACCGGUUUUAUUAUCUCCUUGGCUGUCUUAAGGGCGAUGCUCUUUAUACUAUUAAAAAUAUUGCGGUUACGGAAAAUACUUAUAACCUAGCUUGGUCCACAUUAUUUGAACGGUAUGAUAAACCUAGACAAUUAGCGUCACUUAUUGUGGACAAACUUAUUGCAGUCCAGUCUCAGUCUCAGGAGUCAUUGGAUGGACUGAAGCAAUUUCUGAUCCUGUUCUCCGAUCAAGUCGCCAUGUUAAAAUCGUUGAAUAUUCCUGAUUUGGGGGAGUUCAUCCUGUUCGCCUUGUCUGUUCGUGGCCUAUCGCUGUCAACGCGCAAAGGUUUUGAGGCUGCUAAUUCUUGUGAAUUUCCACUGGUUUCGGAUUUGGUCACCUAUGUCAAGUCACGUGUUGCAGUCUUAGAAACUGUCACACAAUCGAGUAACGCGCGAAGUUACAACCAACCUCCGGAUAAAACCAAACCAACUCAUCGACUUGAAAAUAAAAAGUCUAAAGUUGCCUUGUUGUCUUCACAAGCCCCGGUCGCAUCUACUUCCAAAUGUCUUUUCUGCUCUGGCGACCAUUCUACAGUUAAGUGUGUAACCUUUUCUGACAUGUCUCUGGAUGAUAGAUAUCAAGCGGCGAAGGACCGUAAAAUUUGUUUCCGAUGUUUAAAUUCUACUCAUUGGUCGAAUCGAUGUUUAGCGAAGACAUGUCCUAAGUGUAAGGGUCAUCAUCAUGUUCUUCUUCAUCGCGAUUUUGAAGCGUCACGAAAGCCGUCAUCGUCCACCGAUUCUCCAGCCGUCCACAUUGGUUCACUAGAUCGGCCAACUGUUUUACUUGGGACCGCUCUCAUACAUGUUCGUGAUUACUGCGGUCGUGCUCAACCAGUCCGCGCAUUGAUCGAUUCGGCCUCACAGGUCAGUGUCAUGACCUUGGCGUGCGCGGAUCGCCUGGGAUUAAAACGGUCCAAAUGGACAGCACCUAUAACGGGUCUUUCCGGUGUUCAAGUCCCUAAAUUGAACGGUGUGGUAAAAUGUACCAUCGCACCACGGUACGAUAAUAAUACGAAAAUCCAGGUGACAGCUUGGGUCCUGCCCACGAUAACUUCUCACAUGCCGUCUCGUCAUCUGCCCGAGCACUGUAAACACCGAUUUUCGCAUUUGGCUCUAGCUGAUCCUAGUUUUGAUCUUCCAGCACCUGUUGAAUUGUUGUUGGGAGCAGAUGUGUUCUCCCAAAUAUUAGACGGAAAACGCGUGGUCAUAGACCAUUCGUUGCCCACUGCAUUCGGCUCUUUAUUCGGGUGGAUUCUGAUUGGCCCUGUCCCUGAUCACGAGCCCGAUCGAAUCUGUUCAAAUGUUGUUUCACUCACGGUAUCACUCGAGAAUCUAGUUGAACGUUUCUGGCGUGUCGAAGAACCUGACCCUGCUGGCCUGCUCCAGUUAUGUUUACUGAUGAAGGCAAGUGUGAAACUAUCUACUUAA